UGAUUUUUUAACAUCCCACAGUACCAAACCUUUUAUCCUCCUCAUAUGCAUCUACAAUAAUAGAUACAGAGAGAUACAGAUUACAGAGAGCAGAGUGUUCCAAUGGAGCGAAGGUUUAGCAGAGAAAGCAAAAGGCCUGUGAGCCUACAAAAGAAAGUGGCGGAGACAAAGCGCAAGGAAGAAUUACCGCCACCGGACCUCACCGAUUUCAUGAACGACAUGUUCUUUGGUGCAGCAGACAUGGAGAGAAAAACUUAUGACCUCACAGGUAGUGUCCGAGGUAUGAAUGACGAUGAUGACAACGAAGCCGGUUUCGAUGACAGCACUAGAAGUAACAGCGCAAGGUUGACACAAGAGUGGUUGCAAGAGGCUCGACGCGUCGUAGCUUCCUCUCCUUCACGCUGCGAAUCUCCAGGACGCCUUUCAGGGUCCCCAAGGUUCGCAGCCGCACAAUCUGCAGGGUCACCCCUCCAUUCCUUGGAUCGAAGAGAUGAAAUGUCUAGGACUAGGUCAGCCCGAAGGUACAGAGCAGUGGAAGGUGUGAGUGAUGAGAUACUCUCCAAGACAACAAAACACAGCCGUAACAAAUCAGAGACGUUCGCUGAACGUUCGCCGGAAGGGGAUGGAUCCCCGGCAACGGCGGUGCACAAAUGGUUCUCCAACAUCCUCAAACCUCCUCCCAAUAGCAACAACAACAGCCCGCCGCCACAACCACUACCACAAACACCGCCUUCUCCCGAUUUUCUCCCUCCGCGGCAACCGUUUUCUCGGAAGUCCCGCUUCCAAUCUGAGCCCCCAGCUGCUGCUUCACCUCACAAACUGGGGAUUCCAGCUCCUGUUUCGCGGCGGACGUUCAAGAGUUCUGUGCCGCUGUCGCCGACGGCAGAGAAUGCGAACCGUCCCGGUUCUCUUCCCCUGUCACCGCCGAGGAAUCUAGUGGAAUCCGCUCACCGGAGAACUUUAUCUUCUUCCACGUGCUCGCGGGAGAAGAUCGCGCCUACUAGGCAUGUUGGGAAAGGAGAGGAAGUAACACGAGAGCAGAGCCUCAAUGGAUUCCUCAAAGAGCAGAGGAGUUUGCUCCAGAAAAUCUCCAACAGAGAGCUUCGUGCCCAUGCCAAAAUCGUGCUCUCUGGGACUUCCAACAGUACGGCGUCGAUGGUGGCUGCUAUUUGCCACGCGUGGCUGUUGGCUUACAGACAGAGAGAGAACGACGGUGGUACAGGUGACGGCGUGGUGGUGGUGGUGCCUGUGAUGAAUGUGAAGCGAGGCUCAAUGUUGAAGCUAAGACAGGCUGCAUGGCUCUUUCACCAUGCUGGUGUUGAUGCCACUGCAUUGCUUUUUUCUGAUGAGGUUGACAUGGAAAGCCUUUUGGUGACUGGCCAACUGAGUGUCCUCGUGGUUGGACAAGAUGUCUUAAGCACCACUAGCGAGGUUGGAUCUCAAUGCACCAUUCUAACCGAUAAUUACUGUGAGGAUGCCUAUGAUCUACUUGACAACCCUGUCCUGAAGAAAUUAUUGCUUGCUGGUAUUCUGCUAGACACACAGAAUCUAAGAGCUUCUGCAACAAUAUCCAUGACAAGAGAUGCAGAGGCAGUUCAAUUGCUAUUAGUUGGCUCACCCCCAAACUACAGAUAUGCUUUAUAUGAUCAAUUGAUGCAAGACCAAAAAGGUACUUCUUUUGUUGAAGCAUUGAACCAUAACUAUGGGAGGCCUCAUGAGGAAAGUGACCAAAACAGUGAAGGACAGCAUAAGAGAAGGUCAAGCUCUACAUCUGAGCGUGACAUCAUCAUGUCAAGUUCAAAAACAAGCUCCAUAGACACAAAAGUUAAGCUUAUUACGCCACCUAUUCAAUCUCCUAGUCCAGCACCAGCACCAGUACCAGCAAAUGCUGCAGAAAGGGAAAACUCUCGUGGGAAAAACACGUUCUUCUUGGCAAGGUGGUUUGGUUUUGGUUCAAAAUGAACUAAUCUCCUAUUAAUUUGUAUGCCAAUGGCAACUUAAUUUUGCAAAAUUUAAUACAGAAGAUAAGAAAAAGAAUGAAAUGGAGAUAUUGUAUUUUUUUCCCCUUGAUGCUUGGCACAUUCUUGAAGAUAAGUCUCUAGCUACCGAGUGUACAUGUAAAUUUAAAAUGUUCUUGUCUUCUUUUUA